UUCCUACUCUGAUUACUCGCGCCACUUAAUAAUUUUCCUCUUCCCCUCCGCCCGCGCCUUGUGUUCUCGCCCCCGGCCGGUUGACGCCGAGGCAAUUCAGCGCCACACCCCGUGCUCUGCUUCCCCCCUCUCUACUGUUAUAUAAGCGCCUGUCCGGAAUAUGUUUGCUUGCCCACUGUUUCUCAUCAUCAACUGUACAUGCCUCCUCCUGCAGCAGCGUCCCAACAACAAGAACCAUCCAUGGCGUCCUGCCAAUUAGUGCGAAGCUCCAGCAGUAGCAGGAUGGAGGCCGACGAAGAAGCCUUCUUCGACACGCACCAAGAGCUGCUGGCGUCCCCGGCAUCCAGCCCAGUGCCGGUGCCGGCAUUGCCGUGGUCCUCAUCCAACGCCCUCGACAGCGUGCAAGAGCGGAAGGAGCGGUUCCUCAGAAGCAUGGGCCUCGAGUGCAGCCCCAGCCCCAGCCCCAGCCCCAAGCACGCGGAUCCCGUCUGCCCCGCCGCCGAAGCCGAGGAGGAGGAGGAGGAGGCGGUGCCGGACACGGGCAGAUUCUCGUCGCAGUCCGAGGAGAACGACUGCUCCAUGUCCAGCUGGUCCACGGAGGAGACCACCAGCUACGGCGACGGCGCGUCGGACGACAAUUCCGUCAGCGGGUCCAGCAAGGACGACGGCAGCAAGGUCAGCCGGAGCUCCAGUUCAUUCUCCUUCAUCCGGAGGCUCAUGAGCCGGAACGGUAAGGCCUCUGGCGCUCCGAGGACGGUCGAGAGGAGGAGGAGCGGGUGGCUUGAGAGGCUCGGCGUGGCGGUCUGUGUUGUGGAUCUUACAGGGGAUGAGCCCAGCACCAGCUCCUCCGACAGCGAGCAGAGUCGGGGUGGACGGUAUGAGAGAGUUAAGGUCCGCUCCUACCGGAAGCGGUCCAAGGAAUUGUCUGCCGUGUACCAAGGUCAGGUGAUCAAAGCACACGACGGUGCCAUCCUGACGAUGAAGUUCAGCCCCGACGGGCAGUUCCUUGCGACCGGCGGCGAGGAUGGAGUUGUCAGGGUUUGGAGUGUUUCGCAGUCUGAUGACUGUAAGAUUCCUACGGAUGAUCCCUCUUGCGUCUACCUCAAAUCGCGGCGCAAGCAUGGGCUGACGCCGGUGAGUGUUGACACCGAGAAGUUAUGCAAGGUCAAGAGCAUGAAGAAAACUGGAGACUCUGCUUGCAUUGUGAUUCCGGCAUCGGUUUUCCACAUAUCGGAGGAGCCGCUGCACGAGUUCUUUGGGCACUCUGGUGAUGUGUUGGAUCUGUCCUGGUCAAACAACAAGCAUCUACUGUCUGCAUCAACAGACAAGACCGUCCGCCUGUGGGAAAUUGGAUCUGCAAACUGCAUCAGCGUUUUUCCGCAUAGCAACUUUGGUAAGCUCAUAGUUUCAUAUAUUCUCUGCUUCAAAGCUUAUGUCUUUACUUAUGGGCUGAAGCUGACAGUUUGCUUCCCUUGUUCUGCAGUGACCUGUGUCCAAUUUGAUCCGACCAACGACAAUUCCUUCAUCACUGGAUCCAUUGACGGCAAAGUCCGUGUAUGGGACAUUACUAGAGGCAGCGUCGCGGACUGGGUGGAUGUUAGGGACAUAGUUACGGCGGUCUGUUACCGACCUGAUGGAAAGGGUGCAGUUGUUGGAACCAUUACUGGAAAUUGUCGGUUUUAUGAUGCAUCAGAUAAUAACCUCCUGAGGUUGGAAACUCAGAUUGCACUCAACAGCAAGAAAUCAUCUCUCAAGAGAAUCACAAGUUUUCAGUUCUGUCCAAUCAACCCAAGUAAACUUAUGGUAACAUCUGCCGACUCAAAGAUCAGGAUACUGGAUGGAACCAAUGUGAUUCAAAAUUACAGUGGACUUCGAAGUGGUUCGUGCCAGAUGUCUGCAUCAUUCACUCCUGAUGGGCAGCAUAUAGUGUCUGCUAGUGAAGACUCCAAUGUUUAUGUUUGGAACCGUGAGAACCAAGAUGAAUCUGUAUGGCGACAAGCAAAAACCACAUAUUCAUCAGAGCGAUUUCAAUCCAACGAUGCAGCCGUCGCGAUACCCUGGAUUGGCAUAAAACCAAGAAGCCAUGUUUCAUUGGCCUCUCAAAUGCAAUUCAAGUAUACUUCAAGUUGCAGUGGAGACUGUUCUUCCACUAACAGCAGUACGCCAAGAUCCUCUGCUCCUGGUAUUUUCAGUCUGAACCAGGAGCUGUUCACCGAGCCCUCUUGCAAAGGGCCGGCAGCAACUUGGCCAGAGGAAAUGCUGCCAUCUUGCUCGAUCGGUGCAAAUUUGGACGAGUCGCAGUACAAGCUCCUGAGGAACUGUUCACAGAGCACAUCAAACUCCUGGGGUCGAGUGAUCGUAACCGCAGGAUGGGACGGCAGAAUUAGGUCGUUCCAGAAUUAUGGCCUGCCGGUGCAUCAGUGACUUGGUUCUUGGAGAACAAUUGGUGAAAGUAAACGGCAGCAGCAUUAGCGCUUCACAUGGGCAUCAAGAAAAGCACCCGUGCACCCAGCUAUGCUGGUCCAGUGUGUGUGGUUUCUUGGUACAAGACAUCACAUGCUUGGUGCUCCUGCUGAAUUGUGCAUGGACCAGUGUUGUACAUAAUCAACCCGGUGGUCCUCUGAGAUCUCUUCAUCAGCGGUUGUUGUUCGUGGCAGGUCCUGUAGCUUGUACAACCUUUUUUUUUUGUAGAAAUCUUUCAGUCUAGAUCAGAUUUGUUCCCUGUCCCUUCUUUCAAUUGCCCUAUUGGUAUGCCACGGGAAUUCGUUAGCCUAAGCUAGAGUGUAAAUUUUCAUCCCACUGAAUGUGUGGGAGCUUGAUGGCAGGUACAUUUGUUCCAUCCGGAGUAUAUAUGAGAAAUUCGUUCAUUCAUUCAAA